AGCUUAGGAGAAAUAAUUGAUAAUAGUUUAGAGGAAGGAAAUACUGUAGAGGUUCCCAAUGAAGUUGCCAUGGUUGAUGAUGAAUGGGGUCCAGCUAGCGAAGCCAGUGAAAUUAUUAAUACGAUAUAA